AUGGACUUGUACGAAACAUUUUCCUCAUUGAAAAGCUUUGAAGCAAUUAAAAGCAUUGACAUGCACACAGCAGGUGAAGCUACGCGUAUAGUUUACGAUGGAUUUCCAGAUUUGAGAGGAUCCCUUUUGGAUCAGCGAGAAGAAGCAGAGAAAAAGUACGAUGACCUACGGAAGCGUAUAAUUCUCGAACCUCGGGGCCAUUUCGAUAUGUACGGUGCAAUUCUCCGCCCUCAGACCGAGCUAGUUGAGUCAGGAGAGGCGGAUAUUGGUGCUCUUUUCAUACAUAACGGAGGGUUUUCUACCAUGUGUGGGCAUGCUACUAUUGCUUUAGGACGAUUUUUGGUAGAUACUUCCGAUGAAAAUGCCUUUCCGAACCGCUCAAACCUUAGAUUGGAUACUAUAAACUCAACUGCAGAGGUAAGAAUUCACGUUCCAUGCGGUCUUGUGGUGGUUACUGUUCCUACUAACAGUGACGGGACCAAGUCCGAUCCUAGCAGACCUGUUUCCUUUCUGUCAACGCCUGCGUUCACUGCAGCCAGAGACAUGGAAGUCGAAAUUCCUACGAAUGUACGGUGGAAAGAACUAGGCAGUAGAAGUUCCAUCAACUUUGACCUCGCUUAUGGAGGAGCUUAUUAUGCUUUAAUUUCUGCGAAAGAACUGGGGUUUACAAAUGGCCUAAAAGAAAUUGAUCUUUUGUCCGUUACCUCUUGUAUUAGAAAAUUAAAGCCUUUUUUGGCCUCACAUCCUGCAGUAAUAGAUGCUAUUAGACAUCCAGAUGACUCUCGACUAUCUUAUCUUUACUCUAUAAUGAUUGUUGACUCAAAUUCUGGUUAUCAUCCAGAAGCAGCAGUGAGUGUGGAAUCAGGACUUUGCUAUUUUGCUGAUAAUGAAAUUGAUCGAUCUCCUACAGGUUCUUGUGUCUCAGCUCGCGUUGCUUUAGCAUAUGACAAGAGACAAAUCGAAUUGGGUGAGAAGCGUGCUUACAAUUCCCUGAUCACUAACCAUUUUGAAGAGGGCGCCUUCAUUGGAAGCGUUGCAGAAGUGUUAAAUGAAUCCACAAUAAUCGCACAGGUUGAAGGUUAUGCUUUUUACAUUGGCUCUUCUCUUUUCAUCUGGGAAAAAGGCGAUCGUACAUCUCGAGAGGGUUUCAUUUUCGAUCAAUGUGUGUAA